AUGGCUGAAAGUCAGGAGAUGACUUCCACUGAGGGGAUGUCUGCUGCCGACACAUAUCCCAGAAAAAUAAUGGAAUAUAUGGAAGGAUUUCUUGUCUCAAAGACUCUGUUCACAGCCUGUGAGCUGGGUGUGUUUGAUGUGCUGCUGGCUGCAGAGCGCCCCCUGUCUGUGGAGGAGAUAAGUCAGGAGGUGGGAGCCAGUCUGGAUGGCACAGAGAGGCUGCUGGCCGCCUGCAGGGGCCUUCAGCUGCUCAACACACACCAGGACGAUGGACGAGUGCUUUACAGUAACACAGAGCAGGCCAGAGUCUACCUGACCCGCUCCAGUCCUGUAUCUCUUUUCCAGUCCAUCCAGUACAGCUCAAAAACCAUCUACUUCUGCUGGCACUACCUGACCGACGCUGUCAGAGAAGGAAGCAACCAGUAUGAAAAGGCUUUUGGAGUCGGCUCGAAGGAUCUGUUUGAAGCUCUCUACAGGUGUGACGAGGAGAUGGUGAAAUUCAUGCAGCUAAUGAACUCCAUUUGGAACAUCUGCGGUAAAGAUGUGGUCACAGCCUUUGACCUUUCGCCUUUCAAGGUUAUCUGCGACCUUGGAGGCUGCAGUGGAGCAUUAGCCAAACAGUGCACGUCAGCCUACCCAGAAUGCACUGUAACGAUCUUUGACCUCCCCAAGGUAGUGCGUACCUCAAGGGAACACUUUGUCAGCGAGGCCGACCUGAGGAUAAGCUUCCACCAAGGGGACUUUUUCAAAGACCCCCUGCCAGAGGCUGACCUCUACGUCCUUGCCAGAAUCCUCCAUGAUUGGACAGACGAACGCUGCAUAGAGCUUCUCAGUCGAGUCUAUGAAGCCUGCAAACCAGGAGGCGGCGUAUUGCUGGUGGAGGCGUUGCUCCAUGAGGACGGCUCUGGCCCGCUGACGGCGCAGCUCUACUCCCUGAACAUGCUGGUGCAGACGGAGGGCAGGGAGAGGACAGCUGCCCAGUACGCUGCCCUGCUGGCAGCUGCCGGCUUCACCGACAUCCAGCAUCGUCUGACCGGGAAGAUCUACGACGCUGUGCUGGGACACAAAAAGACAUAA